AUGGUGCCAGCUGUCCCUAGGAACCCCCACCCCGCACUGCUCCACCUGGUCCUCCCUCUCCAGCUCCCGCUGCUGCUGGGCGCGGGGAUGGAGUCAGGAUGGGGUCCCACCCCGCCGGCCCCAGAGGAUGAGGAGUUGGAGACCAUCAUGUACGUGCAUCUGCUGGGCAGUUCCCUGAAUGUGGAGGAGCUGCAGGAGUCCCUGGACCAGUCCCUGCUGCGGUUCCGUCGCCUGCACCUCGAUUUCCCCCGCCGCAGCAGCCCCGGCAGGGGCCGCGAGUACUGCACCGGCCUCAUGGCCUGGCGCGGGGUGGCGGGGCCCGACGGCCCCUGUCCACUCCGCAACACAUUCAUCCAUGCGCCACUGGAGGCUGUGCGUGCCGUGCGCCUGGCACCCAACAUCAGCUGCGGCCCCGAGCGGGAGGCUCGCUGCUACCAGAGCCUGCCGCUCUCCGCCACCGAGUGCCAGCUCGCCACCGGCACCACCCCGCCCAACUGCCGCUACGUUAGUGUCAGUGUAGCCAAGAAAGUGGUCCUGGCCCAGCUGCCCGGCUCCCUGCAAGGCUGGCUCGUUCCCAUCUUCUAUCAGUGA